UGGCAGCCACGCAUUAAUCCUCCACGCUGCUCCUGCGGGGCUCUCAGACGCGUCAGUCCGUUCGGCGGAGCUCUCAGCGGCGGCAGACCAUGCUGGAGGACGGGAGGAAGGUGCUGAAGGAGGGUCUGCUGGAGAAGAGGAGCGACGGGCUGCUGCAGCUCUGGAAGAAGAAGCGCUGCGUCCUCACGGAGGACGGCGUGCAGCUGCUGCCGCCCAAGCAGCACGACCAGCAGCAGCAGCAGCAGCAUGGCGGCGGGGGGGACGCGGGCAAAGUCAAGGAGCUGCACUUCGCCAACAUGAAGACCGUGGACUGCGUGGAGCGGAAGGGCAAGUACGUGUACUUCACGGUGGUGAUGACGGAGGGCAAGGAGAUCGACUUCAGGUGCCCGCAGGACGAGGGCUGGAACGCGGAGAUCACCCUGCAGAUGGUCCAGUACAAGAACCGACAGGCGAUCCUGGCCGUCAAGUCCACGCGCCAGAAGCAGCAGCUGCUCGUGGUGCAGAUGCCCGGACACAAGACGGUCCGCAGCGCCCCGAGCGUGGCGUGACCUGCGGCGGCCAGAGGCGGUGAAUUUGACACUCGGCUGAGGAAGAACAUGACCCCGGGUAUCAUCUCCGCCCUGCUGCUGCUCCGUCCUUCACGAGAAGACCCCGGACUUGUUGUGGGCUCCACAGACCAGGUCGCUGCCUCUUGUCAAUCAAAACAGACACUUCACAAAAGACUGAUGGACUAAAAGCAUGUGAGAAAACAACCGUAUUCUACCGCGCGAUGGGUUUGUCUCCUAUUUAUUCGACGUGUAAAUAUAUUUUUUAUAAAAAUGUUCCGUCGUUGAUGAAUGUUCCGUAUGGAUGUUGUUUGAGCGGAACAGGAAGUUCGUGGUCUGCGCUUCAUCGCCUACAAGUCACCUGAAAACACCCAGUAGAAACAGGAACGUUGCCCGGAGGUUCCUUAAAGGUUACGGAGCCGGUAACUUCGGAGACGUGCCGGCGACGCCCGUGGAGCGGUCCUUUCCACAACCGUUAGCAAACGUUCGUAAACGUUCCCGUGUUUA